AUGAAGUAUCUUGAGUCAUGUGUGAAGACAAGGUACAUUCUCAGAGGUCAAUUGGCAAAAAUUGCACCGUUGGCAAAUGUCAAUAUCCGAGUCAACAUACCUACAGCUAAAGGUUCUUCACAUGACGACUAUGUUGUUGACAAAGACUUACCAUGGUUGAAGAUUGUAAUUGUCCACAACCACUUCAUGUUGAACGAAAGUCUUACAAACCCAUUCUUUGGUAAAAGCAAGUGCAACAUUGUCAGAGCUGUAAACAUUCUUUUCGAGAAAGGUUUGUUGGAACCAAUUCCAGAUGACAAGCUGACAGAAACUUUUGUACCAAAAGACGAAACAAACUUUUCAUUGUUAGCAAGACCAAAAGUUGUUCCAGACAAAGUUCUAGUACAAAAGAAGUACACGGUUCCACAAGGGGUUGGUAUGUUCGGAUACCAACCUGAACCAGAAGAACUUCCAAUGAGGUUGCAAGAACUUCAAGAUGCUAUAAACAAACUUCCAUUGAGACAUCCAAUUGACGUCAAAUUGUAUUGGAGAGCAUCUGAGUUAGGUCAGAAGGUUUUAUAUGAAACAGGUUGCUUCGACGAUGUUUAUGAGAUAACAGGAGAAGUUUCUCAGAAGAUAAGAGACUCACUUGAAUUUCCACAAACUGGACCAAUUGGUUGCGACAAGUUCGACUCAGAUGAAAAGAUAUACUAUGUCGACCUUAACGCUGCAUACAUGAGGUUUGUCCAAUAUAUUCCGACUGGAAUUCCAAACGAAGAUGGUGAGUUCCCGGGAAGGAACUAUACAGUUGGAAAAGUCAUACAACAACUGUAUGAUAUUAGGAAAGCUUCAAACCCCAAACUUGCAAUGACACUCAAAUUGCUUAUGAAUUCGACAUGGGGAUAUUCCAUUAAGAAACCUCAAGAGAUGAAGAGUAAACAUUAUGAGAAGGUCGACAACUUUGUUG